AUGGAAUCUUUGCGCGUUUUGUCUUUAACUGGAAAUAGCGUGAUUUCGAAGAUAAAAAACUAUCGGAAAACAUUAACUAUAAAAUGUAAAGAACUUCGUAAUCUAGACGAGAGGCCGAUAUUCAAAAAGGACCGUUUGUGCGCUGAAGCUUGGAGUACAGGAGGUAUCGAAGCGGAGCAAGCCAUGAGAACCAAAUUAAACGAAGACGAACAAAAAACGAUUUCGGAUUCCGUAAACGCACUAAUGAGUUUGCGUCGAAAUAGGAAUGUACAAAUUAUUCCGUCAGCCUCCGGGGACAGCGGCCAUCGGGAAGGCGGCGACGUGAGAGAUUCUACAGACAGUCUGAUCGUGUCCAAAGACUAUUACGAUGAAUGCGAUUCUUCAGACGACGAUUCCACCGACGACGGAUCGUCCGUCAAAGACGCAAAUCCAUUGGUACGUGAAAUCGACGAUAAUAACGAUUGCGGAGACGACUCUGCAGCUGCUGACGAUUCUGUUGAUCGGUCGACACGCGACAACGUUGGCGAUAACGGUAAAGGCUUCAGUGACCCCGAGAAUGACAUCGUAGAUUACCCUCGCGAUCGAAUGUCUGCUGCUGACCGGAGUACCUGCAUUACCACGGUGGACUGCAGCAGCGGAAGCCGGGAAGACAUCGAUGCAGGCCGCCCCCUGAUCAUCGCUUUCCCAGAAGAUGGUGAUGAACUUGCAGAACGAUUGGAUGAAAAAUAUGAACUCUUCGUCGACAGUAAAACCGACGCGUCUCCGAAUAACAUCGCGUCGGACAAUACUGCAGAACCAUCUCUUGAACAGUGUACCGACGACCGUUUAUGUUCAAACGACUCGGCCGAGCUGACGAUUGAACUUAUAGAAAAUGAAUUAGUUUCUACAGAGAUGAAUUACGCGAAUGACGAAUCAAAUCCAGAUGAAAGUGGAAAACUUGAUGACGAUAAUAGUGAUGAAAAUCAUAACAAUAAGAAUGUUUUAAAUAAUCAAAAAAACGUCGUAGAUUACCCUCGUGAUCGAAUGCCUGCUGGUGACCGGAGUACCUGCAUUACCACGGUGGACUGCAGCAGCGGAAGCCGAGAAGACAUCGAUGCAGGCCGCCCCCUGAUCAUCGCUUUCCCAGAAGAUGGUGAUGAACUUGCAGAACGAUUGGAUGAAAAAUAUGAACUCUUCGUCGACAGUAAAACCGACGCGUCUCCUAAUAACGUCCCGACAAACAAUACUGCAGAACCAUCUCUUGAACAGUGUACCGACGACCGUUUAUGUUCAAACGACUCGGCCGAGCUGACGAUUGAACUUAUCGAAAAUGAAUUCGUUUCUACAGAGAUGAAUUACGCGAAUGACGAAUCAAAUCCAGAUGAAAGUGGAAAACUUGACGACGACAAUAGCGAUGAAAACUAUAACAAUAAUAAUGUGGUAAAUAAUCAUCAUCGAAAUGUCGGCAGUUCAAUCGACAUUAACAACACAUUAAAGGACAACGAUUCUGAAACGUGCAAAAAUCCCGAUUUAAAUGAAAGACAAGGUUUACCUAUAUUAUGUGCAGAGCAAAUUAUUAACACUUCACAAAUAUUAUGCACAGAAAGGUUAUAUACUCUUGACAUAAUUGAUCAUGAUAAUGCUGAAGAAGAAUCAAGUUUAAUUUCAACCUGCAAACCUGAUCGAAAUGAAAUUAAAGAAAUUCCUAUUCAACUUCCAUGGCUGUUGCCACCUCAAACAAAAGAGGAGUUUUAUAUCAAAAAAAGUUCUGAAUAA